AUGUCAGAAGGGGAUUCCCGCCGAAAGAUUGGUGCUCAGGUCACAGCGAAGGCCUGUCAUGUCGUCCAUUUGAGUGAGUGUGCUCGGCAAUAUGGUGCUUUGAGGACCACCAAGGUGGUUGUAGGGACUGUUGUGGACGUCAGCAAUACCAAAAAGCCGCCAAACAACCGUGUAUCAACCUUCAAUACUGCUGACUUUGAUAUUAGUGGAGGAUCAUGUCAAACUUUUCAAACCGGAGCAGUCGACAGUACCAGCCAGUCCCGCAGCAAAAUACCGGCAGUAGAUAACAUAGACACAGAUUUGGCCGUUCCAGAGCAAGAGGAAGGAGAAGCGGUCUUGCAGGAGACUUCUCCUGAUGAAGAAUUGGAAUUUCCAGCACAACCGAUGGUGAAAAUUGGAAUAGCUGCGGGGGAACAGGUAGCAGGACCUACUGCACAAGUAGCCACGCAGGUUUGGGAUAUUGAAGACGCUUCCUUUGUCAUGGCUCAUGAAACAAAGUGCUAUGCUGACAAGCAAGCUACAUUGAUUGAUAUAAAUGGCAGUAUCCAAAGUAAGCAGUUUGGCAUCAAUACACCAAUUGGCGACCUUCUUGGUCCAGACUCUGACAUUGAUGGAAGAUAUUCGCAGCUGCAAUAUUUUCUUCUCAUGUUUCCACCCGACCAACUGACCGCCAUGUGUCAGCUAACAAAUGUGCAGCUUGCCCAACAGAACAAGCACCGCAUGUCAACAGGAGAGCUGCUUCAAUUCUUUGGCAUUCUAAUUCUUGCGACAAAAUUUGAAUUUAGCAGUCGAUCGCAAUUGUGGUCCACAACCACGCCGUCAAAAUACAUUCCUGCCCCUGUAUUCGGAAAAACAGGAAUGUCGCGGCAGCGCUUUGAUGAUCUUUGGCAAAAUAUCCGAUGGAGCAACCAGUGUCCUGAACAGCCGGAAGGUAUGAGCUCCCAUAUGUUUUGGUGGCAACUUGUUGAUGAUUUUGUUGAAAGAUACAACAAUCAUUGUGCCAACACUUUCAAACCAUCUCAUCUUAUUUGUGUGGAUGAAUCAAUGUCGCAAUGGUAUGGACAAGGGGAGGAAUGGAUAAAUCAUGGACUCCCCAAUUACGUGGCUAUUGACCAAAAGUCCGAAAAUGGUUGUGAGAUUCAAAAUGCCGCAUGCGGCUGUUUGGGUAUCAUGCUUUGA